CAUUUCACAGAUACAUUUUGACAAAAUGUUUUUUUAAUUUCUACCGAAAGAAUUCAACCCAAUUUUUAUGUCGUCAAGUUUGGAAAUUCUGAUGAAAUAAUUGUAACUGGUAUAGCAGAAUACCAAUUCCUAUCUUAUUAUCGUAUACAGACCCCAAACUCACGAUGUUUCGACCCGUCUGCACAUUGAAUCAAAGAAUCUCAUUUGAGAGGAAAACCAAAGAAUUUAUCAGGACCAAAGUGGUUCGCCCCGCUUCUAUCUUGAAACCGGCAGAAAAGUUGAAACUUUAUAACAAGGAGAAUAAAGAAUUGUUCGGUCCCUUAUUAGAGACAAGCAAACAGAAGAAACAGCGUGUUCAGAAGGCUGCUAAAAAUAGAGCUUCACAUCAAAACAACAGCGCGACUGCUCCUAACGAAAAUACAUUGAAAUUCCAAGAAAGUACAGAGAGAAAUGGUUAUAGACCGAGUCAGACGCUGACCGGGUACUCCAAGUAUAACCCUGUGUUUGCUGUGAAUGUGUUAAAAUCCAAAAUGUGGCAGAAUACGAGGCAUUGUGUGAACUUUGUUGGUGUUGUCUUGAAUAAUGCAGUGCGAGGUGUAGCUACUUCUGCAUCAUGUAAUGCAGCCCGCAGCUCUCCUGCUCAGCCUGGGUACGCAAGCGAAGACAAAAUCCUUCAAAUUAAACAGCAUAAGAAUGAUUUUGCUCAGCAGUACCCAUCUGUGACCCUGAUCUUGAACAAAACUAUGACUGAAGAAUCUAGGACUGCAUUGGAAAAAUGGAAGCAAGAAAGAAUAGCUGAAAUGGGUGAAGAGGAAUUUAACAAAUUCUAUGCAGCGCAAAUGGCAGUCGGUACCAAAUUCCAUAGCACACUGAAGAACUAUUUCACGCAGCCACAGACUCAGCUACGCAUAGAGAAGGAAGUCGAAGGAGUUUGGGUGUCAGUCGCCGAUGUCCUCAAGAGCAUAUCAGCACCGAAAGCCAUUGAAUCCAAUGUGAUACAUCCUGUGCUGAAAUACAGGGGGAUAUUUGAUGCCAUAGCUGAUUAUGAAGAAAAACCAACUCUAAUCGAAUGGAAGAAAUCGGAUAAACCGCGCAAAUCGAUAGCAAAUACUUACGACAAUCCCGUGCAACUGGCCGCAUACUUCGGCGCGGUUUGCCACGACCUGAACUACAAGCAUUUCAACGUGCGCGACGCCUUACUCGUCAUAGCAUACACGGAUGGAUCAAAGGCCGAUGUGUUCCAUCUCUCCCCCGACAAACUGAGGGAGCAUUGGGCACAAUGGCUCAUCAGAUUAGAGGAGUACACGAAAAAGUUUGGCAAUGAUUCCGAGAAGAUGUUGAAAGGCGGGAAGAGGUUGUUCGAAGAGGAUAUCGGGAAUCUCCAGUAAGUUACGUGGAGCUGGAUAAGAAACUGAACAUGGAUAUAAUUUACCUUAGUGACAAGUUUUGGUAAUUAUUACAACCCGCCUUAUCACAUGUUAUGUUUACACACACAUAAAUUAUAAAAAGGCAAUAUUAUAAGAAACUUAUCACCCAAGUGCAAAGCUUAUUGUCAAACUCUCACUUGGAGAAGUAUGUUAAACGAAUCAUUCUGAAUGUAGAUUAAAGGUAAGCGUCCACAGGCACGCGUCCCAAGUAUCGGACGCAUCGCACGUAACGGAUUUUACUUUGCUAUGUAUAUUGUUAAUUCAUACAACGGCGUCCACUGAUCCGCCUCGUAUGGACUACUCAGAUACAUAUCUAUGCUAUAAUGCGAUACGUCCGAUACGUGCGAUGCGGGCCUGUGGACGUUACCAUUAGAGUAUUGUAAAGAAAAUUGUUGAUUGUUGAACUGAUUUCAGACUGAUUUUGCGUUUGUAAGUAGGUAAAUUGGAUGGUCUGACAAUAUAGGUACUGAAAUGCCGAAUAAGAAAGAAGCUAUGUAAUCAUACCUAUAGCUUAACUUCCUUGGAAUAAACCACACUUAAAAUUGUCUCUGAAAAAAUCAAAGCAUGUGAAACUCUUUGCAAACUUUAUUUUACACUGAACGAUAGGAAUGCAUAGGUCUUCUUCCUAAGUAUGGUUACAUCGACAGCUUGAGCCGGCAUUAAAUCGCAUCGCAUUAAACGUCAAUAAUCGGAUUUGUUGCGUUAAAUAUCGAUUUUACAGUAUAUUUAUAGACUGGCUGACAGUUGUGCAGAAAACAGAGAAAAAAUGUAGAAGUAUCGAUUUUUUUUUUCUUGUUCCAAAUUUGAAACAAAAACGAACUGAAAAUAGAGCAACGUACGGGGCAUGUCACAAAUAUUCUGGCCCAUUUAAUUUGUACAUGUGACAUAGUUGGCUUAAUGCCUAUUUCUAUUGAAAACGUAUUAGUCGACGCCGCCGUCAACGGCCUGACAUGGCUCUUAUGAAUGAUGCGUGUAUUCUUACAUCAGAAAGAAAGUUACCAAAUAAAUGUCGCAAGUUUUUUGUUUCAAAGAUGGAAGGAAAAAUUAUGGCAAGUUUGACCCAGUAGACAUGACCAUAAAAAUAGCUAAAAACAUCCCGAUUAACCCAGCUGUCAAUUGAAAACUGUAUUGAAAUCUGUUUAUUAGAGGUAGUUUGAUAUGCCACAGAUCAGUCUGAAAUUAGUAGGUUAUUAAAGUAAUUCGGCUAGAACUGUUUGUUUGGGUAUGUUCUUGUAUGUAUGUAUAACAUAAAGACUGGAUAUGUGUCGAAUGAUUUUCACCUUCAUAGAAAUUACUGUAGAUAAACCACGAUCAGAAAUAUACUAAAAAGCUAAGCAUGUAAACAUUAAAUACUUUUUAUUUAAGGCAUUUUAGAGCGCUUUACUUAAUUAUGCCCAAAUAAAGAGUCAUGAUUUCUGCUUGGUCAAUCUACAGUAAUUAGCAUCUAUUCACAUUAAUUAUAUAGUUUAGUUUAUAUAACUUAUAAUCACAAUUAAAGUACCUUGAGUUUUCUUGUUUUAGGACCUUAUACCAUAGUUCCUUCAAGCAUUUUGGCGAAGAAAGCUUGAAGGUCUUAAUGUAUCACAAUAUGUUAUUAUAUGUAUAUUCAAUUUUAGGUCGUGACCGAACAGAAUAUAGGUAUACUUCAAUAGGGACAUUUUUCUUCUUCCCUUAUUUUUGUUACUUUUCGUACGGUCACGCCCUCUAUCUUGAAAUGUGUCGCCAUUUUUGUUAUACCUCCAUUAUAUUUUUGUACCUACUAUGUUAGUCUCAAUAUGAGUGCACUUUCUGGAUUCAGUACUUAUCGAUACCUACACUAAUGGAUUCCGAUUUUUGUCAUAUUUAUAAUUUUACUAUGGCAGGGACUUGCAGGAAUAUGACGUUUGGUUCGAUACAACAUCGAUACUACUAUUUAGUUUUAAAGUUUAUUCAUAAGCGCUGUAUUGAAAAUCGAAUCGAAAGUCUGUUCUGAAUCGAGAAUUGUUUUUGCCAUUUUGGUGUUCUCGUAAUCAACAAAUCGCUGUAUUCUGUUUUAAAAGAGGCAUACAUAUAUAUUAUCCAUUUAACAGUCUCGAUGUAACACGCUCUCGAAUGGAUUUUUCCGUACAAGCCUUGAUCUACUUAGAUUUAUCCUUAAUUGCCAAAAACUGAGUUAGUACUAGUCCAAUAUUGGUACAAAUUGUGUUCAAUUUACUAGAAACCCUUACUGAAUAUUGUAUAUAUUUUUAUUCUUUGGCCUCAAAGGUUUGUAUGUUAUUUGUAGGAAGUUUUUACUACCACUAUAUUUUUUCUUAUUAGUGGAAUAAAAUGCUUCGUAAAUCAUUUUGAAAUGUUUUACUGUAGUUUUUUAAUUAUAUUUUUUUGUUCUUAACGGGGCUGAAGUAGCGAUGCCAGAAAUAUGUUCAAGAUGAAGCUUUCUUAACAUAAUAUUUAAACAGCAUUUAUUACUUUUAUGCCCCUUCCAGAAAAAUGACGUUAAGUUUUUAUUGUGUUUCUAGAAUUGCCUUACGAAGAAUUGUAUCUUUGUACAAUUAGUUUCAUAACUCUGUAUCUAUAUUAUAUUGUUAUGUCACAUUUGAAUAAUAUAAUAUUAAUUUUUCAGUUAUAAACAUUUAUUCGUGAUAAAUUGCUUGCUUCAUAUUUUGUCAACUAUUUAAAGGAAGAAAUAUCUGUAUCUAUUGUACUUCUCCUAGGUACGUAUAUAUUUAAUUUUGUAUAAUUUUAUGCGUUCUUUUAUACUUUGACUGCUUCUAAUACUUAGCCGUCUAAAGUAAGGUCUGAAUUAAGUAUGUAUCACUGUAAUUCACUGAUAUUAAAUAACCUAGAAUUUA